CCGCCGCUCGCGCAGCCGACGCUGUUCUCGUACCGCGCGAACGACCUCGUCUGGGCGCGCACGGGGACGAGGGGGAACGAGCCGUUCUGGCCGGGGAGGAUGAUCGACGUCCUCGAAGCCCCCGAGGGCGUCCGACGCGAUGCGCGCCGAACAGCGUGUGCGUGCAAUUCUACGGGCCGUCGGGACUACUGCUGGGCGAACGAGACGCAGCUCGCGCCGUUCGCGGCGAACCUCACAUCGCUCUCGAUGCAGUCCAUCCCGAAGCGCGCGCGUCCGACCGCGUUCAAAGAAGCCCUCGAGGAGGCGAGGGCGCUGUUCGCGACGCACGGGAAAACGUCAGCGCGGGACGCGGGCGGGCCGACGUGCUCGUCGUGCUAAGGGCACGGGGCGGUGCGCGCUGUGCGCGAAGUUGCACAAGGAGGGGCAAUUCUGUCCCGCGUGCGACAAGGUGUGGCAGUGGGCCAACUGCCCGGCGAUGGUCGGGUGCGACGCCCCCGGGUGCGAGUUUUGGGUCCACGCGUCGUGCGACGCGCGCGCGAAAGAGGUCAUGGACGCGCCGGAGAACGAAGAUAUCGAGUACCACUGCCCGAGGUGCGUGGACAAGGCGGAGCGCGCCAAGGAGAUCGCAGUCGUAAAAGCCGUCGUCGCGACGGAGAAAAAGGCGAGGAAGAAGGCGCUGAAGCUCGCCGAGAAGAAAGAGGCCGCGAAGAAGGCGACCGCUGCUACCGCGAAGAAGUCGAAGUCCCCCGCCCGCGGCGGCGGCGCGGCGGCGAUGGUCAAGACCGAGGCGGAGUUCGACGCGGUCUCCGACGGCGACGACGACGACGCGCCCGCGCCCGCGCCCGCGCCGCCGCCGCGGGCGAUCGCGGACGACGAUCAGACCAGGGGCGUGGUCAAGCGCGGGCGCGGGCGGCCGCCGCUGCACGGCGGCGGUCGCGGUCGCGGGCGGCCGCGUCUGACGCACAUCAAAGGGAUCGACCUCUCGAACGCGGUGCCGUUGAUCCAACACAAGAAAGCCCCGGGCGGGGUCCCGCGCCGGCCGAAGUCCGCGUGGCAGCUGUUCGGGUCGGACUUUUUCAAGGAGUUCCGAGAGCGGAACCCGCCGCCGUCGGGGCAGCAGACGAACUUCGCGGAGCUGUACAAGAUCCAAGGUCAAGCGUGGAGGGACCUGCCGGAGGCGGAGCGCAAGAAGUACGAGAACCUCGCGAAAGAAGAGGCGGACAAGUUCCGGCAGAUGGUCGCGUCCGUGACGCCUCCCGGGCAGCGCCCGCCGGUGGUCGGUCCAGGGGAGCGGCCGCGAAAGUACGUCAAGAAGAUCGAUCGAAAGGACUACAAGCCCGGCAGCGCUGGGGACGACGACGGCGACGGACCGAUCGUGCUCGACGAGCACGGCCGGCAGGACAUGGGCGGGGGGAUCUCCAAGGACGCGAAGGGCAAGCUGUACGGCCCGAACGGGUUGCCCCUGACGAAGCAAGAGAUCGCCGCCGCGG